CUGCUACUACCCAACAUUCUAGUAGACAACGAACAUUAAGUGAGAAUGAAAUUUGUCUAUCAAGUGUGUCAAGGCGACAGAGGAAUUUGACUGAUCACUCCAGUGGUCCAAUACAUCCCUUCCCUUCACCUGGACCAGGCCAGGCAUCCUUUUCAAUUCAUAAUGUGUGCAAUGUAGUAAUUUAUAUUGGACACAAACUAACAGAAUACUUGAUGGAAACAGUCAAUCAGAAAAUGCAAAGAAGGAAUCGGUUCUAUAACCAGUCCCUUUCAGGCAGCGUGUAUUCGGAUGGAAUGAAUCAAUCAAGGAAUCAAAGCAUGGCCCAUGACUACACAGUACCUGAAGGAAUCAUUGAAAAUUUCAGUGUCAUGGAAAUUGUAACACUUCGGCGUCAGUUGAACAAGUUGAAUCGGCGCCUACAAUUAUUGGAACAGGAAAGUCGGGACCAUGCUCGAAAGGAAUUUGUGCUGUAUUCCAUCAUCAUUGCAGCUUGUUUUGUCAACAGUUGGCUCUGGUUGAAGAAGUAGAUUCAUUCUAACUGCAUAUGUAGAGUUGGAAAAGAGUGCUACAAACUGACAGACAGAGACCACCUUCUGAAUGCAGCAAGACGGAGCAUUGUUUUCACUUGUGAAGCAAUUUGUAUUAUCGCUGAAAUACAAAGAAAGACGUCUUUCAGAACAGUUUGUUGACAUCCUUUUAGUAGUAUUGUGAUGUUGGUUUGGGCAAGUCCAUAUUGCAAGUGUUUGUGUAAUGCAUUCAAAAUCUAAUUGAUCACUUUAAAACUAACAAACAACUUUUUAUUUAAUCUACAUCACACGGAAAAUCUUACAACACUGCUGAUACAAUGUUCACUGCAAUUAUAGGGAUAAUGAAGAAUGUUAUGCAGAAACAAACAAGUUAACUUGAUAAAGCAAUAACUUGACCUGGGGAAAAGUACUUUUGAUGGUAAACAAAAUUGCUUUUGUGUUUUGCACUCUUAGCCCCACCUACCCUCCACUAGCAAUUUUGUCUGCUAUAAUUGGCACUCAUUUUUUGUUUAUAAUUUGCUCAUAUGAUGUGAGUUUCACUGACAAGGCCAGUGAUCAUUGGCCUUGAAGGUGUGCAGGAGGAUCUGAGAAUUUAGUUCCCCUCUGUCUUUUUUCCCCCUCCAGUGUUUCCAUGAAAUGUGUCCAGUUUCUACUUGAUAACUUCUGUGGUGAUACUAUGAUUUUAAGAGGUGUAUUUUCUCUUUUUUUAUGAAAAAGGUUGAGACCGAGGUGAAAAGCAGUCUGCUCCAGCCAGUAAAGUAAACAGCUUGUGAGGCCUUGGGUUUUUUUUAAAAAGUUAGAACAAUAGAAGCAGCCUGAAUGGGUGGGCUCACGCUCCUGCAGAACAGGAUUUUUAGCUUUAGCCUUCAGCAGCAGUUACUGCUAAGCUCAUGAAGCUGGAUGUGGAAACUAUUUUUCCUCUCUCUGCUGCAGCUAAAAGCUUGGGCUGUCUUCCUACUGCUAGAAUUGCAUAUGAGAUAGUCUAUUUUACUGAAUUUGCCUUUGUCAAGGGUGUGUUUAUAGAAUGUUACUAUAUUGGAACAUGUUACUGUUUAGUAGUUAAAUAAUCUAUUAUUCUGUUAAGUUUCUAAUAGACUUAAGUUAUUCCAAUUCCUUCUUUCUUUUGUUGUAUUUUAACUGUAGUGUAUGAAUAAAGUGUACUUUGCUUCAAGA